AUGGAGCGAGAGAACUCAACAGAAAUCAUAGAAUUUCUCCUCCUGGGUUUGACAGAGGACCCUGAACUGCAGCCCCUCCUCUUUGGCCUCUUCCUGUCCAUGUACCUGCUCACUGUGUCCGGAAACCUUCUCCUCAUCCUGGCCGUCAGCUCAGACUCCCACCUCCACACCCCCAUGUACUUCUUCCUCUCCAACCUGUCCUUGGUGGACAUCUGCUUCACCUCCACUAUUAUCCCCAAGAUGCUGCACAAUAUUCGGACUCAGAGGAAAGCCAUUACCUAUGCAGACUGCAUCACACAGAUGUACUUUUUCACACUCUUCACAGGAUUAGACGACUUCCUCCUGACUGUGAUGGCCUAUGACCGCUAUGUGGCCAUCUGUCACCCUCUGCACUACACGGUCAUCAUGAGUCCCCAGCUCUGUGGACUCCUGGUUUUGGUGUGCUGGAUUGUAAGUGCUAUUCAUUCCUUAUUAGAGUGUUUUCCUGUACUUACCCUCUCCUUUUGUGGAAACCAGGAAAUCCCACAUUUUUUCUGUGAACUCAAACAGAUGAUUCAACUUGCCUGUUCUGACACUCUUCUUAAUAACAUUGUGCUGUAUAUGUCUGCUGGAGUGUUGGCUGGUGGUCCAUUUGCCGGGAUCCUGUACUCUUACUCUAAGAUUGUCUCCUCCAUAUUGAGAAUCUCCUCAGCUCAGGGGAAGUAUAAAGCCUUUUCCACCUGUGCCUCUCACCUUUUGGUUGUCUUCUUAUUUUAUUGCACAAUCUUAGCAGUGUAUCUUAGUUCUAUUGGUGCUCAGGGAUCACAUUCAAGUGCAACAGCCUCUGUGCUGUACACUGUGGUCACCCCUAUGCUGAACCCCUUCAUCUACAGUCUCAGGAACAAAGACAUCAAGAGGGCUCUGAGAAAAAUGUUUGAGAAGGACAAUUGGAACGACCACUUUUUCUGA